ACUAAAACCGUCAACAUGGGCAGGAUUAUUUUCUACGAGGAGAGGAACUUCCAGGGUCGUUCCUAUGAGUGCAACAGUGACUGCUCCGACAUCCACAUGCACCUGAACCGCUGCAACUCCUGCAGGGUGGACAACGGGUGCUUUGUGGUGUACGACCGCCCCAGCUACAUGGGUAAUCAGGUCUUCUUGAGGAGAGGGGAGUAUUCUGACUUUCAGCGCAUGGGGAGCAUGAUGGGAAUGAUGGGCAUGGCUAUGAUGGAUACUGUUCGCUCCUGUCGCAUGGUCCCAAUGCACAGGGGACAGUUCAGGAUGAGGAUCUAUGAAAGGGAGAACUUCACAGGCCAGAUGCACGAGCUGAUGGACGACUGCGAGUCUCUCCAGGAGCGCUUUUACAUGUCCGACUGCCAGUCCUGCAAUGUGAUGGACGGCCACUGGCUGAUGUUUGAGCAGCCCAACUACAGAGGACGCAUGACCUACGUGAGGCCGGGAGAGUACAGGAACCUCCGGGAGAUGGGAAUGAGCAACAUGACGAGGAUCAGCUCCAUCAGACGCAUCAUGGAUGUGUGCUGA